AUGACGAAUAAUUAUUUCAUUUUGGAGCUUCCAUUUGUCUACAAAUUCGAAGACAUUCAGUUUUCUUCGAAGAUCAAUACGAAGUGUUAUCCCUAUGAGACACUGAAGACGCUUAAAGAAGUACUGACAGAGGAUGAAUGGACGUACUUCGAGAAAGAAUCACAGUUCCAACAUCUAUUCCACGCGCAAUGGGAUCCACAGUUAAAGAUGGCGCCUGCGGGAGUUCUCAUUAACCGCUCUGUUAAAGCGGAAGACGAGAAGGAAUUGUGGUUCGUACUCAAUGGUGUGCCCGUGAGGUACUCAAUCAUUGAGCACGCACUUAUAUGUGGUUUGAAGUGUGGAAAAUAUCCAGAAGAAUGGGAGAGCUUCAAAAAGAGUGAGUUCAGGAAAAAGACUUUCGGACGUAAGAAGGUUUGUUUGAAUGAUGUGGUGGAGAAAUUGAGAUAUAUGCCAACCCAGAGGGCAGCAGAUCGUAAGAGAUUGGCUAUUAUAUGCUUGAUGGCCGGAAUCUUGGAUCAUGCCCCGUCAUCUGAACAAAUCAGCCAUGAUUUGUUCGACAUGGUUGAUGAUUUACGUUUCUGUGAACGAUUUACGUGGGGUCGAUACACUUUUGAUCGAAUAGUUGAUCAAGUGCGAAAGAGUCUCGUUGCUGCCUUUUGA